GUCCAACCCAUGCAAAGAUAUUGAUGAGUGUCUUGAAAAUAUCUGUGGUGAGAAUGGAGACUGUACCAACCAGAUAGGAAGUUACAGCUGUGACUGCCACAAAAACUACUAUAAUGCACCACAUAUGGUUCCUGUUUGCCAAGAUAUCGAUGAGUGCAAUGAACCUGAUGCCUGUGGUGAACUAACUCUGUGUAUGAACGCACCGGGAGGUUUUUUUUGCUCGUGCUCUGAUGGAUUCUUUCCGUCAACUGGAGUUGUGUGGAAAAUAGGGGUCACGUUUUGUAAAGAUCUUCAGCUGAUUAUGGAUGAGAUAACUCCACCUGAGGGGCAGACAAAACAGAGAACAUUUUUAAUCAACCUGGACGAACAGCUGAAAAAUAACAAAGGCAUCGUCUUGGCAGAAGAGAUUGUAGCAAAUGGCUUCUCUGUAUCAAUGGAGGUGGCAGGUGUUGGACCCCGUGCACCAUCAACACAGGUGAGGAGUGAAGGAGACGCAGAAACUGGCAAUCUGAUCCUGAGCAUCGCGGACCGCUUGGUCUCUGCGAUGGUGGAGCCGGGUCAGAACCAAGCCAAGAAAACUCUAAAGACUCCAACAGUGGAUUUGGUUCUUGAAACGAUCAAGUCUGGAAACAACAGAUCAGAAAGCUUCGACCUCUCAUCCGGAAAAAACUCCAUGGAGAUCAACUUGGAAGCUAUAGCCAAAGUGAAUAACGGCUCUGCCUCCGCUGCCUUUGUCACAUUGACYGGGAUGGAGCUUCUUCUCAGCCACCAGUACUUUGGAACAGAGAACAGGACAGAGAUGCUGUCUGAUGUGAUCACCGCUGUUCUGCCCUCGAUGAACAACACCAACCUGACAGAACCUGUCAAUUUCACCAUCUAUCACAAAAAGACGUUACCUGAGUCUGGAUUGGUGACCUGUGUGUAUUGGGUGGAACAAACGGAAGAAGACAUUUUGAACAAAGUAAAUAUGAAGACCACUGGGUGGUCAGUGGAGGGCUGUUGGGUUGCAUCCACUAAUGAAAACUACACCGUGUGCAGCUGCUCUCACCUUUCCACAUUUGCCCUCAUUCUUCAAAUAGGAGAGCCUCCACCAGACAGCUCCUUUUUAGACUGGUUAAACAGAAUCUGUGUGGKUCUGGAACCCCAAGAUUAA